AAUUGGAAAGGAUCGAUGCACAAGAACAUAAAGUAUAAGCCAUUCCGCGAUACUUUAAGAGAUGUGCCAGAGGGGGUAGACAAGAGUGAUUGGGAAUGGCUGGUCAAAGAGCAUUUUUUAACUGAAAAAUUUAAGGAAACAAGUACAAGAAACUCGAUCAAUAGGUCUAAGUUGACAAUGCCUCAUCGUACGGGUAGUAAGCCUAUUCGAGAGAUCAUUUAUGAAUUGGGAGGCAAAGACGGAAACCCCCCAGAUAUGGCAACUAUCUUUUUUGAGACUCGUAAGAAGGACGACAAGCUUGUCGAACCUGAAACCAAUGAAAAAUAUAUCAAAAACUUGGAAGUCUGAAGAACUUAUUGUUGAAGAAAGUGCACAUCAAGUUGAAGAACAAGAGAAUUUUGUUAUGUUAGGGAUGAUUUGA